AUGUUUCCAUUCGAAGCGGUUGAUCGAAGGGAAGUGCUGUACUCAGCUAGACGUGCCGAAAUUGACAAAAACCCUAUAAUUCAUCCAACGGAUAAGACGGUUCUGGCCGUCACUGAGAUUUAUCACAAACCGGAGCUAAUCGUCGUCAACGACACUUUCAAGAAUGAUCUGCAGUAUCUGCUCCAGUACGGUUACAAUUCGGAGUAUAAGUAUGAGUUUAGCGUGUUAAUACUUCGAGUACAAGUUUGUCAGGCUCAUGGUUCAGAUACCUCAACAUGGCUGGUUGAGUACCCCAAUGAACUUCUAUUGUACCAAAGUCGGACAAAAAAGGCGGAGUUUUUGUUCAACGCUUAUCCGGAGCUGAAGCAUUAUAAUCUGAGUCGGCAAGUCGGCUUUGAUUUCAAGGCAAGAGACGGUUUGAUCCUUCAAGCGUACCUCAGUCUUCCACCUGAGGCUGCGCUCCGAAGUGCUCAGGAUGUUCCAGCCUCAGAUCGCAACUACGCCAACCUUGGAUUGCUCCCUGUCGAUCCUCAGAAACUUAUCGUCCUUGUUCAUGGUGGUCCGGAAUGA